AUUACAGCACAAGAUGGCAAUGCUGUAUAAGACAGUUGGCGUGAUGCUAUUGGUACGGUUAGGCUAAGCAGUAAUUGUUAAGUUGAAAGGGCACGUAGUUUAUCAAGUAUAUAAAAUAUUCACUGGGCAUAUCCUGAACUACCAUGGCCGUAUCCAGUGGAGUGUCUUGCUUGCUGUCUCUGUGUUUGUUUUUCCUUCUUUUUGCUGGGAUGCAAGUGUACAAGACUCAACUCUCAGCAAGUCAGUGGAUGACUGUAUUUGGAGGAUACCUUGGUUCACUUCUUUUCAUCCUAAUUCUUACUGCCAUUGGAAAUUUAGAAACAAGUCUUUUUGGAAAAAAUUUCCAAACAAAGCUGUUUCCUGAAGUGGCUCUGUGUCUUCUGAUAGCCAUGUUUGCUUCCGGGAUGGUACAUAGGGUUUGCAUCACUACCUGCUUUCUCUUUUCACUUCUGGCUCUUUAUUAUCUGAAUCGGAUUUCCAUAAAAGCUUAUGGACAGCCUGUAUCAAAUAAACCAGCACCCAUUAUCAAUUCCAAGAAAAAGAAACAUUAGUUUCUGUAUGAGUUUUUUUCAUUGGUUGAAUAAACAUUAUUAAAAAGAAAAA